AUGGAAGAAGAAGAGGCCGAGCUGCGAAACCCCUUCCCCUCACCGCCUUCGCAGUACAACAAAUACAUCACACACGACCUGCAGCUACUAAGCCUCCUACGCGAGCGCGCGGGCGACGGAGACUUGGCGGCGGCGAACCAAGCGACGCUGCUCGCGGACCAGGACGACGUGCCGGAAUGGCCAUUGACACAGCUCGAGAAGCCACGGGUAGACUGGAUCGUCGAGGACGGGCAGUACACCGUGUUCGGGGACACUUGGUUUGUCAAGGAGACGAUUCCGUCACUCGCGGAUACCGGUGGGCACCAGCUGUACCCUACGGAUCCUAGCGUGGACCGUAGGCCGGCGAUGAAGACUAUCUUGAGCUCUCUCCUCGUCACCUACUCUCGCCUGUUGAGCGCGGUGCUGGCCCCGCCCCCGACUGCCUCUGCGACCGCGCCUCCGGAAUGGCAGAGGCAGCUCGAGUGGAUCAGGAUCAUGGCACAGAAUAUCAUGGCUGCCGCGAAUGAUCUGCGUCCUGUCCAGGCCAGAGGCAAUCUGGAGCUCAUGAUGAAGCGGCAGCUCGAGCUACGGCGCGAAGAGACGAAGGCGAUACACGCAAAAUGCGAUGCGUUAGAGACCAAAAUGGCCGAAAUGCAAGCAACGGCGCGGAACGCCAAGGAAGAGGGACAGCCCACGGCUCAGCCACAGUAUGCACAGCCAACUGGUGCCAUCUCUGUCACUCUGGAAGAUGUCUUGCGUUGGGCAGAAGAAAUCGGGUAG